UUAUGGGGGCGGGGCUUGGGGUAGCGGGCCCCGUUUCCCGGGUGACGGUCGCGCGGAAGAGGCGGGGCUAGGGUCCCAGUCUCGCGGCCUGGCUCCUGGGUACCCGGCCACGGAGAGUCGGCCAGUAGAAGAGAAGGCGCAGAGAUCGGCGGCUCUGGACCGGGCAACUCUAGUCGUAGGGACGGGCGGCAGAACGGGUGGGGCUGGGGAGAGGAUGGCCCGAGCGACAGGCUGGGGGCGUGGCAUGUGAGACCAGGAAGGGGUGGGGCGUGUGUGGGCGUGCCCGGCCCUGGGAGACCCGCUGUCUCCCAGUAACCCAGCUCUCCGACCUGCUGUCCGGCAGUCCGCCCGUUGUGGGGUGGCGGUGCGGGCAGGCCAUGCCUGGGGACUCUCCGCCGCUGUGGGAGCUGGUGGAAGAGCACGUUCCGCUCCUGGAGCGGCCCGAAGUGAAGAGGAUUCUAGGGGAGACGACGGUGGACCUGAGCCUGGAGCUGCGGGCAGAGGUGGUGGUGUUACGAUCACUGCUCCGAGAGGCUCGAUCCUUCCAAGCCCCUGGUUCGCGCCCCACCUCUGACCUCUCCUCCCUUCUGGCACCACCGCCCCUCCUAAGAGACCUCGUGCGCCAGGAACUGCGGCAGCUGCUCCAAGGUCUCCGUGGGAAGGCCAUCUGUGAGGGCAGGUUGGAGCCUCAGACCUGGGGCAGGGCCCUGGACCAGACCCAGGCUUGGGUCCAGUAUAGCCCCGGGGUCCUGCGCUUUGCCUUGGAGGAGCCCAGGCGUGAUUUGCCAGAGCAGGGGAUAUUCCGCCUGAGAGCUGGUGAGCCCAGCUGUCACAGGGACCUCAGCAUCAUCAAGGACCAACUGAACGUGUCCCACGUUGACCAGGUUGCCAGAUACCUGCGGGCCCUCCUGGAGGAGGAGUGUCGCAAGUUGAAGAGGGAGAUUGCCAUCCUGCAGCGCCGCCUGGAAGAGGAGUAUACAGGGGCCCCUUUGCCCACUGAGGCAACCCUAGAGCCCACCCUGGCAGAGCUACAGGAACAGAAGGCAGCCAUGCAACAGGAGCUGCGGGCACCUCUGAGGCCUUCCUGUGUCUCCCCCGGUCACAGGCUGCGGCCCUUGGAGUCCUCCAGCCAGGGCCUCGGACCACUGCCUUGCUUCCGUGGGGCUGCUGGAGUUUGGGCCAGGCCUCUCCAGUGCCACCUGCCCUCUCCUCCUCUGGAGCGCUGCCCCAAACCUCAAGGCCUGGCCACCACCUGCCGCUGGGGACGGAAGCUUCAGUGCAGCCCCAGAAAAAGGCCAGCUUCCACUCGGAUGUCCAGUGUGGCGCCCCAGGCCCCAACCUGAAGGGCUGGGCAGGAAGGAGACUUCCACUUCUGCUGGAACUCGCCCUGUCUGCUGCUGACACCUCUCAGCUGCCAUGGCCCAGCCCACUUUAGGUCUAGUCUUGGAUGAGCCCUCACCGGGAUUCCAAGGCUGCCUGUCUGUCUGGUCCUCACCCUACCACCUCGCCUGGUCCUUGGUGUCUGGUCCUGACCAUCACAGCCUCUGGCCUUUCUCUUCCCAGGCAUCCCUCAAAGGCCUGGCAGGAAGAGGUCUCAUCCCAGCCCUGACUCUCGUCCCCAUGGGGGACCCAGACAAAGCACAGCAGCGGCUCAGAGACGGGAAUAGAAAUUUCAUUAAAAUCUAUGGACU